AUGCGGAAAUCGAUCCGCCAUUUCCUGGUUGCAAAAAUCCUGAUAGUUCGCUUCGCCUAAUUUCAGUUUGUGACAAAACAAGCAAUCAUUGGAUAGGGAAUCAGUGUACGAUCUAAACCGCUGUGGAAUGUAUAUUUCCAUAACCAAUAAUAUUGUAUAUUCAUCUGUUUGAAGCUGGCGUGUAAAACCGAAUGUAAAAGACGCAAAACGAAACUUCAGCAUGGGAAGCAUAGAAGUAGCACACAUAGAACAUAACUACCGCUUCGUAUACUUGCUUUCAAUAUGAAUGAAAUAUCUAUAACUCAUAUUUCUAUGUGAAUGUGUUCGAUUCUCCCAAAAAGUUACAUAUUGUAGCAAGGGCCAGGUCAGCAUCACCAGCCAGAGGGCGCUCAGUUUCAGAUGAUUUUAUUUUGGAGAGGAAGUUAAUAGUAGGUGGUUUGAGAGGAAUCGGAGAAACAUAAGCCGUUUAUAAUCGCAAUGGAAACACAUGAUGUUGUUUAAUUCACUUGCAUUUGACUUGCGGAGUGCACAGCUUGGCUACUUUGAAUCGCGGUCGUAUAAGCGAGCUGCUGAAAGCGAUGGUUAAAGUUUGAGACCGAUCGAAUCAAAAUCAAGACGAUGAGACAAAAAAGAGACGAUCGUUGAAGAGGAUUAAAAGCGCCCGGAAACCUUUAUGUAUCUCUUCUUUGGUCAUAUUCUGCUCACUUAAUUCAUUAUUGGUGACCAGUUCCCUGGUGUUUUGUUUUUCAAAAUGUACAAGAUGUAAAUCCACAGCCAUGUGGUUUAUUUUCUUUCCAUAGCUCAUAUUUCUUUAAGGAGGCUAAUUUUAGUAAAGAAAAAAAGGGUUGGAUUUCAUCCCUCUGCUUCCUACAACAGACAUCUGUUACCAGUUGAAGUAUCAUUCCCUCUGAAAAUAGCAGCAAACAGGAAAUUGCUCACACACUGAAGUCUCUUCAGGUUCCCGUGUGAGGUCAUAAAGAUGGGACACGGCGGUGUGGGGAGCAAAGCUGGCGCUGGCGGCUGACAGGCCCCUCCAGUGGCCAAUCAGGAUGCAUGUUUCCUCAAUGGGUGUCAGCAAGCUCUGCUUCCUGUUCUCCCUGGCUCUCUGUGCCCUGUUGCUCCUCAUCCCCACCCUCCAGCCCUCACAGCAUCAGGGGGACCUUCCCCGGCCCCGGCCCCGGGCCCACAACAAACCUGCCCGGCACCCUGGACGUCUGGUGGUUCCUCUCCAGACAGAUAUGGGGAAAGUGACAGUGGGGCGUAAUGGGAUUGAUGGUGACUCUAUGGGGCAGAGUACACCAAGAGAGACCAAGAGGACUGUGGAUGGGGACUGGGUGUAUACAGCUCGUCAAGCUGACACCCAGGGCGCUGGGAAGCAUAUAGACUCUCAGACAGGGUCAGAGGGGGACUUCCUCCACAGAACUGGGGGUGUGACGGGGGCUGGAGGGUCUCGGCCCAGGAAUCCUCUGGAGCUGAAAGACAUUUUCAUAGCGGUGAAGACCACCAGGAAGUACCACAAGUCCAGAUUGGAUCUGCUGUUCCAGACCUGGGUGUCCAAAGCCAAAGAACAGACCUUUAUAUUCACAGAUGGGGAGGAUCAGGAGCUGAGGAGGAGAGCAGGGGCUAACGUCAUCAACACCAACUGUUCAGCAGCACACACGCGGCAGGCCCUGUGCUGUAAGAUGUCUGUGGAAUACGACAAGUUCAUCGAGUCACAGAGGAAGUGGUUCUGCCAUAUGGAUGAUGAUAACUAUGUGAUUGUACCCAGUCUGCUGAAGCUGCUGUCCUCCUACCACCACACGCAGGAUGUUUAUCUGGGCCGGCCCAGCCUUGACCACCCCAUAGAGGCCGCAGAGAGGGUCAAGAGUGACGGAUCUGUGUCAGUCAAGUUCUGGUUUGCUACAGGAGGAGCAGGGUUCUGUAUCAGUCGUGGUCUGGCCCUCAAGAUGAGUCCAUGGGCUAGUCUGGGCAACUUCAUCAGCACGGCGGAGAAGAUCCGUCUCCCUGACGACUGCACCAUGGGUUACAUCAUUGAGGCGCUGCUGGAGGUGACACUGACACAUACACACCUCUUCCACUCCCACCUGGAGAACCUGCAGAGGCUUCCCACAGACACCGUGCUGGAGCAGGUCACUUUGAGCUACGGGGGAUUUGAGAACAGGAGGAAUGUGAUCAGCAUUGGAGGAGCCUUCUCUCUGGUGGAGGACCCGACACGGUUUAAGACUGUCCACUGCCUCCUCUACCCAGAGACUGACUGGUGUCCUAGUAUGGGUCACCAUUGAUGACCACUACAGUACAGCAUAUCUACAAUACUUCCUACCGGCCUGGUUGACUGGUGUCCCUGUGUAUGCUAGCUAUAUCAUUGCCAUGGCAAAAUUAUUACAAGGCCAAACAGGUUCACUGGCACCCAGGCUAACCCUACAGAACCACUUCACUCAGAUCAAAUGGCUAGACGUCUGUGGGUCUUUGAGAGGACAUGAGGCGAGAGAAGAUGAGGUAACUGGAGUGAGGAUCACUUUGGUCAUGGUGGGAUGAUGAAGAAACACCCCACUACUCUUUAUUAUCACUAGUGUACCAACCAGUCAACGCAGGAAGUUGCCACUGUUGGCUGUUGCCAUAUCGAUGAUUCACCACUCAAUGCUUUUGUUGUAGCUUUGAAUCCCAAACAUACUAUUGUGGUCCAGAUAUACAGUGGGGCAAAAAAAAGUAUUUAGUCAGCCACCAAUUGUGCAAGUUCUCCCACUUAAAAAGAUGAGGCCUGUAAUUUUCAUCAUAGGUACACUUCAACUAUGACUGACAAAAUGAGAAAAAAAAAUCCAGAAAAUCACAUUGUAGGAUUUUUUAUGAAUUUAUUUGCAAACUGUGGUGGAAAAUAAGUAUUUGGUCACCUACAAACAAGCAAGAUUUCUGGCUCUCACAGACCUGUAACUUCUUCUUUAAGAGGCUCCUCUGUCCUCCACUCGUUAUCUGUAUUAAUGGCACAUGUUUGAACUUGUUAUCAGUAUAAAAGACACCUGUCUACAACCUCAAACAGUCACACUCCAAACUCCACUAUGGCCAAGACCAAAGAGCUGUCAAAGGACACCAGAAACAAAAUUGUAGACCUGCACCAGGCUGGGAAGACUGAAUCUGCAAUAGGUAAGCAGCUUGGUUUGAAGAAAUCAACUGUGGGAGCAAUAUUAGGAAAUGGAAGACAUACAAGACCACUGAUAAUCUCCCUCGAUCUGGGGCUCCACGCAAGAUCUCACCCCGUGGGGUCAAAAUGAUCACAAGAACGGUGAGCAGAAAUCCCAGAACCACACGGGGGGACCUAGUGAAUGACCUGCAGAGAGCUGGGACCAAAGUAACAAAGCCUACCAUCAGUAACACACUACGCCGCCAGGGACUCAAAUUCUGCAGUGCCAGACGUGUCCCCCUGCUUAAGCCAGUACAUGUCCAGGCCCGUCUGAAGUUUGCUAGAGAGCAUUUGGAUGAUCCAGAAGAAUAUUGGGAGAAUGUCAUAUGGUCUAAAAUAGAACUUUUUGGUAAAAACUCAACUCGUCGUGUUUGGAGGACAAAGAAUGCUGAGUUGCAUCCAAAGAACACCAUACCUACUGUGAAGCAUGGGGGUGGAAACAUCAUGCUUUGGGGCUGUUUUUCUGCAAAGGGACCAGGACGACUGAUCCGUGUAAAGGAAAGAAUGAAUGGGGCCAUGUAGUGAGAUUUUGAGUAAAAACCUCCUUCCAUCAGCAAGGGCAUUGAAGAUGAAACGUGGCUGGGUCUUUCAGCAUGACAAUGAUCCCAAACACACCACCCGGGCAACGAAGGAGUGGCUUCGUAAGAAGCAUUUCAAGGUCCUGGAGUGGCCAGAUGUCAACCCCAUAGAAAAUCUUUGGCGGGAGUUGCCCAGCAACAGCCCCAAAACAUCACUGCUCUAGAGGAGAUCUGCAAGGAGGAAUGGGCCAACAGUGUGUGAAAACCUUGUGAAGACUUACAGAAAACGUUUGACCUCUGUCAUUGCCAACAAAGGGUAUAUAACAAAGUAUUGAGAUAAACUUUUGUUAUUGACAACCUUUUUACUAUCCUCCCAACUUUGUUGUCACUGUUUGCCCACUUCAAAAUGGCCAUGAUUCUCUUUGACGUGAGGAAGUCCUUCAAAGUUAAGUUCCUGAGGGAAAAUUCUUGAGGAUUUAGGAAGGAAAUGACCGAGAACUCUGUUUUUUGUUUUCCACCAUAAUUUGCAAAUAAAUUCAUUAAAAAUCCUACAAUGUGAUUUUCUGGAUUUUUUUUCUCAUUUUGUCUGUCAUAGUUGAAGUGUACCUAUGAUGAAAAUUACAGGCCUCUCAUCUUUUUAAGUGGGAGACCUUGCACAAUUGGUGGCUGACUAAAUACUUUUUUGCCAAACUGUAUCUUUGGAGAAGUAUUAAUGUAUUUAGAUGACUGUUGAAAAGGUACCUUAAGAUGCUGAACAUGGUGAAAUGUAUUUGCUUUUAGGUCCCAAAAAUGUACUGGACUGGUGUUUUAUUAUGAGGGCUGAUGACCAGAAAUCAUCAGAGGUGAAUAUCGGAUAUCAGUGUUACAUUAAGUAAUGCCUGAGAGCCGUUUGUGAUUGUUUAACGGAGUCAAGAACAUAGCGUAAGCUCACUCCACAGCUUGCUUGAAAUUAUCCUUUUGUAUAGGUCAACCGUGUGUUUGCGAGCAGAGGAUCACUAGUCGCCUGGUAUGGGAACAGGGACAGUGGAGGAAGCCAUACUGUUAGCAGCAUAUUGAGGUUCACUUUAGACAACCCUUGAUGUGACCCUCAUGUCCUGAAGUUAAUUUCUUACCAGAAGAGGUUUCAAACUGGUGUCUGUACAUGUGUGUGUGCAACCUAACUACUCAGUCAGAAUGAUUUUAACGUCUUAUAGCCAAAGAUGAUGCCAGUGCCUUACGUUUCAGUCAACUAGACUUUGGAAAUGCACAUGACAAAUGUUUUAAAGGAAUGAAACUGUGAUCAUACUGUACACACACACAGCCCUGCAGUAACCAAAACAGACUCUGAACAUGAGCACCCUAUCUUAAAGAUCAUUCAUGAGAUCUUUGUUGUUGCCUCUAAGUGUUUCCCACAAUCCAUGUUACAAGUUAUUUCUCUGUCAAAAAGACACGUUUUGCACUCUUCUCAAUUCCUGUGUAUAAUAUUUCUGUGUAUUAAAAGUUACGGUAGUGUUGUAAUGUGUGAGCUUGAGCUGGAAGUACAUGUCUUUUCCUGAUGGCUCACGCUCUCCAUUUUUGCACAAAAACACUAGAAUCCAAAAGCAGAAUCUCUUUCCCCGCUGCAGGUCAGUGUCAGAGAGGGAGAUAGGAGUCUGACUCAGACUCCAGUCAGGAUGUGAUUUUUCCUCAUCUUCUGUCCUCCUUUUUACCGUUGAUGUAUUAUUCUGUGUUGAAUAAAGCACGUUUUGCAGCAUUACAAAACAACAGCA